AACAUAGGAAGACGCUUUAUAUUUCAAUGAUUCAUUCCAUUUGCUUAGGAGAAGUGCUUCCAUUCCCUUUUCCCUCCCUCGCUUUCUCUGGAAGUUGAUAGCCUUGCUUCUUCUUCUUGUUCUGUUUUUCUCCCAGUUAUCACAGGUUGUGCUGAGGCUUAACUAGUCCUUGAAGCAUAUUUCAGAGUUUUAUCAUAGAGAGAAUGGGUUAUAUUGGGGCUCAUGGUGUUGCAGCUCUUCAUAGAUACAAAUAUAGUGGAGUAGAUCAUUCCUAUCUGGCCAAAUAUGUUCUACAGCCGUUUUGGACUCGCUUUGUUAAUUUUUUCCCCCUAUGGAUGCCUCCAAACAUGAUAACUCUUACAGGAUUUAUGUUCUUACUAGUGUCUGCAUUGCUUGGUUAUAUAUACUCACCUCAAUUGGACUCAGCUCCUCCAAGAUGGGUUCAUUUUGCUCAUGGCCUACUUCUAUUUUUAUACCAGACAUUUGAUGCUGUUGAUGGGAAGCAAGCUAGACGAACAAAUUCUUCAAGCCCAUUGGGGGAGCUCUUUGAUCAUGGGUGUGAUGCACUUGCUUGUACAUUUGAAGCAUUGGCUUUUGGGAGCACAGCCAUGUGUGGAAGAAGUACUUUCUGGUGGUGGUUAAUAUCAGCAAUUACAUUUUAUGGUGCAACCUGGGAGCACUAUUUCACCAAUACUCUAAUACUGCCUGUUGUAAAUGGACCUACAGAGGGUCUUAUGCUAAUAUACGCCUGUCACUUUUUCACUGCCAUUGUGGGUGCUGAGUGGUGGGCUCAGCAAUUUGAGAAGUCCGUGCCAUUUUUAAAUUGGAUUCCUUUUAUGGGGGGAAUCCCAACAUUCCAAGCUGUAUUGAUUUUAAUGAUAGCUUUUGGUGUUACGCCAACUGUCACUUGCAAUGUUUGCAAUGUUUACAAGGUUGUGAAGGCAAGAAAUGGAAGCAUGCCACUUGCAUUGGCAAUGCUUUACCCAUUUGUUAUUCUUGUCGGAGGAGUGCUUAUGUGGGAUUAUUUGUCACCAUCAGACAUCAUAGCGAGAUAUCCACAUUUAAUUGUUAUAGGAACUGGACUUAUAUUUGGAUAUCUUGUGGGGAGGAUGAUUUUGGCUCACUUAUGUGAUGAACCAAAGGGUUUAAAAACUGGAAUGUGCAUGUCCCUCGUGUAUCUCCCAUUGGCCAUUGCUAAUGUACUUGCAUCAAGGCUGAAUGAUGGGGUUCCUUUAGUAGAUGAGAGACUAGUUCUUCUUGGUUACUGUGCAUUUGCAGUGGCACUCUACUUACACUUCGCCACUUCUGUAAUUCAUGAAAUUACAAAUGCCCUGGGAAUAUAUUGUUUCAGGAUAACUAGGAAGGAAGCUUGAAUGUACCCAAGAUUUCCUCUAGCUUGGAACUCAAGAAAAAUACUGGCAAGGCUUUGCUCAGUACUAAUUUUGCUUUAUUUGACAAAUUUGACUAACAUGGAACUUGUAAUUAUAUAUUGGUUUAGUUUUAGACUAGGAAAUCUAUUUGUGGAAACUGUAGUUUUUCAAUUCAGC